CAGAAUGACAACGUUGCUAGAUAAACAGCAGCAGCUCUCUAUCCAUCCGGACCUCGACCUGAAAAAUUCUACUGCGGAAGGGAUAGAUUAAGAAAAGCUCCCCCAAUUCAAUCCAAGUUAAGAAGAUAUACAUAGAACUUGAACAUAUUUCCGUCCAGCAUACUCCGCAAACUCCAGAACGAAACAAAUCGCUUCGCCUAUAGAAACAAUGGCAUCUCCCGGUGCCGAUAUCUUCACCCAAUAUCCCCUCCACCUGGACCCAACCUCAAAAGCCAUCUCCGCCCCCUCCUGCAGCUCCGCCGCCCUAGACCGCGAACUCGAAUCCCUAAACCAACUCCACCGCGCUCUCCUCAACCUCGACAGCCCUAAUAUACCCCCACCCCCAAAACCAGUGAACCCCAAACGCAGCGCACAAAUCGCCAAGCUGCGCGAGACGGCCAACACAGCCUUCCGCAAAUCCUCCUUCGCCGAAGCCAUCAAGCUCUACACAUAUGCCAUCGACAUGGCCCUAGGCAGACCUACGUGGGAACACGUCGGGCUCGUGCGCGAUGAGCUACCGCCACUCUUUACGAAUCGAGCACAGGCAUAUAUGGCUCAGCAGCAGUGGGCGGAGGGUUAUGUGGAUGCGAAAUCGAGCGUUGAGAUAUCGCCGACGAAUAAUGGGAAGGCGUGGUGGAGAGGGGGUAGAUGCUUGAUUGAGAUGGGAAGAUGGGAGGAGGCUAAGGAGUGGAUUUCUAAUGGAUUGGAUGCUGAGGGGACUAGGAGUGAACCGGCGAAGGAGCUGAAGGGCCUCAUGGUGGAUGUGGAGAGAGGGUUGGAGAGGGAGAGGGCUUCGAGGGAAUGAAAGAAUGAAGGAAUGGGCGUAUGAGGCCGGGCUUUUAAUUUUCGUGUGUUUUAAUUUGUUUCGAUAGUGAGGGCUUCGCUUGUCCAAUAUCUGCAUUGUGGUUCGCGGCUUCCUCCAUGUUUGCUAUGAAGUAUUUGAGCUCGGUAGCUCCUUUUUAUAUAUAUCCCUGUCGCCUCCUGUCUUUUUAACGGCGUUUUUGAGCACUCUGCAUUUGAGUUCUAAUAUCAAUACUUUGUACUAGGAUGGUGCAUCACUAUGAUUCCCUCGUGAUACGUGCGCGCUUUGGCAACAUCUUCUCUCAUUCUUAGUCUACAUAGAGCUUGUGCAAAAAAAAAAAAACCCCUAUAUAAAUCAAUCCAUACUCCAUACUCCUAGCAGCAGAUCUAAUCAACACCAACACCGC